UUUGAAAAAUAAAAAACAACGUUGUUCUUGCUCCCCAUGUUAUAAAUUCCCAGCGUCCACUACCACAAUCCGCCGGAAACCACAGCGUAAAAUGGCUUCCAAACCUCACAAUCCCUACUUCUCCCUUCUCAUUCUACUUUCCCUUCUCCUUGUCGCCUCUGCAAGAGUAGGUCUUGACCAUUCAGACCUUAAAGCCUUUUAUAUCAUACAGAAGGACUUGGGCAUCAAUGGUCAACGAAGCCUCUCCACCACUCUUUGCAACAACCCAGGUGUGUUUUGCGAGAGAAGGCUCUCUAACAAUAACACCUAUGUACUCAAAAUCACCAAACUCAUCUUUAAAUCCCAACAGCUGAGCGGCUUCUUGUCUCCGGCAAUUGGCCAGCUUACGGAACUAAAAGAGCUCUCUCUUCCAAACAACCAAUUAGUUGACCAAGUGCCUCCUCAAAUAGUUGACUGCAAGAAACUGGAAAUUCUUGACCUGGGAAACAAUCAAUUUUCCGGUGAAAUUCCAUCAGAAUUAUCGAAACUUAUACGUGUUCGAAUUCUUGAUCUUUCCAACAAUCAAUUUUCGGGGAAUUUAAGUUUCUUGAAGCAAUUCCCAAAUCUUGAACGUCUCUCUCUUGCUAACAAUCUUUUUACAGGAACAGUUCCAAAGUCUAUACGUUCAUUUCGCAAUCUUCAAUUCUUCGAUUUCUCGGGUAAUAGCUUUCUUGAAGGGCCAGUACCAAUGAUGAAAAAAACUGAAUCUUUAAGAUCUCAUCAGUACCCAAAGCGUUACAUUCUGGCCGAGAAUAAUGCCACAACAGCUAAAGGAAAUAGAACUGGUUCAUCUGCAACAGCUGCUGGACCAACUGCAACAAUGGAUUCUGCUCAAGCACCUGCUCCAUCAACAGUUUCAGGUCAUCGCAAGCACAACAAAAGCAAAAGAAAGAUGAAUGGAUGGAUCGUAGGAUUUUUCGCCGGAGCAGUAGCCGGAAGUAUAUCCGGGUUUGUAUUUUCCGUUAUGUUGAAGCUAGCAUUGGCAGCAAUAAAAGGUGGAGGUAAAGACUCUGGGCCGGCAAUCUAUAGCCCACAUGUGAUCAAGAAAAAAGAAUUUUUAGCGUUCUUGGAAAAAGACGAUGGGCUUGCUAAUUUGGAAAUCAUAGGAAGAGGUGGAUGUGGAGAAGUGUACAGAGCAGAGUUACCAGGAAGUAACGGAAAACUGAUUGCAAUAAAGAAGAUUGUUCAACCUCCAAAAGACGCGGCAGAAUUAACUGAAGAAGACAGUAAGCUUUUGAACAAGAAAAUGAGGCAAAUUAAAUCAGAAAUCAACACUGUUGGUCAAAUUCGACACAGGAACCUUCUUCCUCUCUUGGCUCAUGUGUCUAGGCCUGAUUGCCAUUACCUUGUAUAUGAAUACAUGAAAAAUGGAAGCUUACAAGAUGUGUUGACUGAGGUUUCAUUGGGUACAAGAAAGUUGGAUUGGUUUGCUAGGCAUAAAAUUGCAUUAGGAGUAGCAUCAGGGCUUGAAUACCUUCACAUGAAUCAUAGUCCAAAAAUCAUUCAUCGAGAUCUCAAACCAGCAAACGUUCUUCUUGAUGAUGAUAUGGAAGCUCGAAUUGCUGAUUUUGGACUUGCAAAGGCAAUGCCAGAUGCUCAAACACAUGUUUCGACUUCUAAUGUUGCAGGAACUGUGGGAUACAUAGCACCAGAAUAUCAUCAAACACUUAAAUUCACUGAUAAGUGUGACAUUUAUAGCUUUGGUGUGUUACUUGGUGUUCUGGUGAUGGGAAAACUUCCAUCUGAUGAGUUCUUCCAACACACCCGCGAAGUGAGUCUGGUCAAGUGGAUGAGAAAUGUUAUGACGUCUGAAAAUCCAUGUCAAGCAAUCGAUCCCAGCUUGAUGGGCAAUGGGUUUGAGGAGCAAAUGUUGCUAGUCCUGAAAAUUGCUUGCUUUUGCAGUCUAGAUGACCCAAAGCAAAGGCCUAACAGUAAGGAUAUCAGGUGUAUGUUGUCUCAAAUUAAGCAUUAGUUGUCAUAUAUGCUACAUGUUUGAUAGUAUGUAAGAAUAAAGAAAAUGUGUAUUUUGAUGUCGUUUUUGUGUACGAACAACAAAUUUUAGUCUAGCUAGUUGUUGUUCUUAAUUGUAGCAGCUUGUUUAGGUAUAAACUUUAAGUGUUUGCAUAUUUGAAUGCCUAUCAAAUAAAUGUAAAAGGCAUUCAAAUUUUCAUAGAAUGAGAAAUUGUUAAAUUGUUGCAUUUUGUAUACUAAAAGAUUUAGUAUAUGUAGACAUAGAAGCUAAUGGGGAGUUGGGCGAUAAAUGCCGUCGGUUUCA